AUGUCGACGUUGACAUAUGCGUCGAACGUAUUGACGUGUGAGUGUCCGGUCGAAGGCACUUUAUAUGGAUAUGCACCCAGUCUCGCGGCGAACGCCUUCUUUGCCGGAUUCUUCGGUCUCGCGCUCAUCUUACAACUGUAUCUCGGCAUUCGAUACAAGACAUGGACAUACAUGAUCGCCCUUUCGCUGGGAUGUGUUGCAGAAUCCGCUGGAUAUGCCGGCCGUAUCAUUAUGCAUAACAACCCGUACGACGACAACGGUUUCAAGCUCCAGAUCGUUCUUCUCAUCUUCGCUCCAGCGUUCCUGGCUGCUGGUAUCUACCUCACACUGAAGCAUGUCGUUAUCCAGUUUGGCGAGGAAUGGUCGCGGUUAAGGCCAAAUUGGUACACCUAUAUCUUUAUCGCCUGCGAUAUUACUUCCUUGCUCAUGCAGAGUGCCGGAGGAGCACUGGCUGCCAUAGCAGAACCAGGAGAAAAUAUGGGCGAGAUCGGAACGAAUCUCAUGGUCGCGGGUAUUAUCUGGCAGGUUGUUGUGCUUGUUGUCUUCGGUCUCCUCGUUGUUGAAUACAGUGUACGAACAUACAAGCGCCGCGAUCAACUCACCCACUCCGCCCUUGAACUCUGGGGCAAUCGCCGCUUCAGAUUUUUCUGCGGUGCCGUCGUGGUUGCCUAUGUUACCAUCUUCAUACGAUGCGUAUACCGGAUCCCAGAACUGCUAAGUGGCUGGGGUGGCCCGCUUAUGCGGGUGGAGACAGACUUCAUCGUACUGGAAGGUAUCAUGAUUGUCCUCACUGUAGCAGCGCAAACGAUCUUCCAUCCUGGCUUUUGCUUUCCUGCUUUGGCAAACACUUUUGGGAAGAAGCAAAACCAUUCCAAAGUCACGAGCGUGUCCGAUAGCGAGGUGGAGAUGUUUGGUCGUCGGGGCGAGACUGCCUGAAAGCCAUCCGAGCCCGGGAGAGACUGCUAGAGGGCGAUCGAGCGGAAACAAGUUGGAUAGCGGCCUAAGCGAUGGAUAGGACAUUCGGAUACAGGACGCUAAGGGAUACAGGGCAGGAUGGGUGCAAUUGUCGCGGCGUUAUUAGGCUAGGAUUCUCCCUAGACCAUUUUGAUUUUAGGGGUUCGGCCUUCCGAUGGUUUUCCCAUGACAGUCCUCGCUCCAUCGCGAUAGAGAGAAGGAGCGAUAGGUGUAUAGAUUAGAUAUGGCA